AUGUCUGAGAGACUUAGAAAGGAAGACAAUUUGGGCGCAGUUUUAGUCAAGGUUCAAGAUGAUUUAAGACAACUCAAAUGUAGUCUUGAGGAUAUCACUGCUAGUGAAAGUGGCACAACUCUUGAUAUUGAAGCCCUGAACAAUGCUAUCCACAGGACAGAGAGUGGCAUCAGGAAACAUGCAGAGGAUUAUUUGGAAACCAUUAAUAAGCAGCAGCUGGUUCUUCCAAUCAUUGAAGACUUUCCAAAGAAGGCCAUCAAGAUCCCUAAAUGGUCACCCUCCUUAGACUAUGGUCCAGAUCUACUAAGGAGGGAGCUUCCAGGAGUCUCACAAGGGGAAAAGCAAACAAUAAAUACGACACAUAAUCCUACUCACCAGAACAGCAGAGUCAGCGUGCAUCAAGCGUUCAGAACUUCGCUCCCAGACAUCCCCAAGAAGAGUGCUAACUCAACAAAUCCCAAAAAAGCCACUGGCUCUGUGGGGGGUCUUCAGUCCACUGAACCGAAGGGACCUCUCUUCCCAUCAAUUACUGAGGACAGCAUGGCGACAGUGGCACAACCAAACAUGCUUUGUCUGUCGGUCCAGCACAAGGUUGCUGCUCUUCAUCCCAGAGAGGAUUUGUACACUUUGAAGACUGGAGCAAAUUCCAGGUGCCCGAAACAACCGAAAUGGCACACAGAUUCAGAAACGUACUGUGUGAGGCAAAUUGAGAAAUUAACACCUCCCUGGACUACCAAACCACCACCUCCAUCCACAGCCUCCAAGAGCAUGGAUCCAAGUGACAUGGAGCAAGGCAGCAGCGGCCCCACUCUUAACAGCCCUCAGAAUCUAAUCAUGGAAGUUCCUGUCAAUUUUGCUAAAUACCCCUUUACAAUAAAAAAAGGAGACAUCGACCCAAUGGCCACAGAUUUUUGUCAAUUCAAGGAGAGCUUUCAUUUUUGCUGGAGUGGCGUGGUUGAGGCACUUGAUGCCCUGAAACAACUGCUGAGGGAUUUUGCCGUGCCUGUAGCUGAAGUGAGCGGAGAGCGGCUUGUGGAGUUGUGCCGUGGAUGGGAUGAUGGUUGGAAGAAGGCCCCAUCGGCGACUGCUCUUCUGUCUGUGCUUGAAAACCAAGAGGAGGUAUCGAGCCUGGUCUCACGUCCAGGCCAGCGCUACAAGGGUGAGGGGGGCCUUGAUGUGGCUGCCAUCCGCAUCCAGUCCUGCUGGAGGCGCCACGUGGCCAGGAGAGCCUACCUCUGCCACUCCCAGCGCAAGUGGGCGGCUGGCAUUUUCGCCAUCUCAUGGCUGAUGCGCGCCCAGAUGCAGCGUGUCAAGAAGGCCCUGCAGGCACGGCGGUUCAGGCAGCUGAUGAAUAGUCGUAGGAGAGCACAGCAUAUGGCAGCCAACUGGAAACACAUCCAGUCGUCCAAGAGGACCAUUAUCCACAUCCCUUCAUUAGGGUACUCUCAGAGCCAGCGGCAGCACUUGAGGAGACUUGACAUCCUCCAGAACGUCCAAAUGAGCAGACUGUGUGAUAUCAGAGAUGAAAAUGUGGAAGUAAUCUACAUAUGCCCCCAGCAUCUGGGGGAUGACAUGUUGCAGUAUUACACCAGCCUCCUGAACGGGGACGGACCCACAGAUAGAGCAAACACCAGGACAACUCAGGCCUCAUCCUGCAGGAGGCGCUUUGUCAUCCUCACACCUGAGGCUGUGGAUUAUUUCCCUACUCAUAACAUGUGUCUGUCUACGCUGCUGAAGUACAGUCCACGCACUCUGAAGCGUAUCAGAAACCUGAUCCAGGGGAAGCAGGCCUACAUUGUGGGUGGAGUUGCCCACAUGGAUGACCUGGCAGUAGCUGAUGAGUUAGAUGUGCCAAUCUUAGGCCCAGAGCCAGCUGUUUUUCAGCUCUGCAACUCCAAAUCUGAAGGCAGGAAGAUAUUUGCUGGGGCAGAGAUUCAUGUACCACCUGGUCAAGGAGAUGUGUACUCACUAUGCCAGCUACAUGAAAUACUAGCGGAGCUCAUGUCUGAAAACAUUACCGUGCAGCGCUGGCUCUUAAAGAUAAACUCUGAGAACAGUGAACAUGGUACAGCACAUUGUGAUGUUUGCCAUAUUAGAAGCUAUAACUGGGCCCUGCAGCAGUAUCAUCGUUAUGGUCCUGAUCUAUGGAACUCCAAAUGGAUUCAGGAGCCCAUUCUACUGAGAUAUUUAGAUGAAAUCCCAGAAUGGUUGGCCCAUUAUGCCCAGCCCGCUAAAACCUCCCACUAUCCCAGUUGGGCCUGCUUCCUGAAGACCUUCCUCAGGCAAGGUGGUGUAGUAGAAGCAAACCCCCCUUCAGAGAGCGUCACCUAUCUGACAGUUGAUAUGCUGCUGGAGCCUGGGGCUGAGGUGACCAUGCUGUCCUGUGGAGACCAGCUCCAUGGCUCCUGUCAACUGGAAGCUAUAGGCUCCACUGUUCCUCAGACCUCUGUUCACCCAGAGACGUUGCACUCCAUCUGCACACGGGUGGGUCAGGCUGCUCUGAAGCGCUGUGUCGUUGGUCACGUGUGGGCUGUUGAUCUCAACAUUGCAUACAGUGACCAGCUGGCCAUGACCCAGAUGCUUCUAAUGGUGACUGGAGGAACACUUAAUUGUCGCACUGGCUGUUUAGAAAUGCCGAUGCAAGCCAUGGAAAAAGGCUGCGAGCGCCAGGUUGCAUCCAAACCUCCAGUGGUUAACUGUUAUGCAGUCAUUGGGACCCACUUACAUCACUCUAACCUCUCCAUGCUAUACCACAGUGUCUUUUUUAAGAUGUGCCACAUUAAUGGAAUUGGAUUUAACAAGAAGCGGAAGCAGGGCACUGUUUUUGCUCUCUAUGACAGCAGGGACCGAUGCAGAAUUGGAAUGAUCACAGUCUCAGAAGAUCUCCAGGGAGCUCUAGUGACCUUUGCUCAGAAUCUGUCAGUGAUUCAUCAGGAAAUAUCAUCCUCUAAAACACAAGGAGAAACCAAUUUUAAGGACUUGAUCAAGAACAUCAAUGAUGUGCUGAAGAUGACUGUUCAGAACAAGAAGCAACUGAGGGAGAAACCUACUGUUUAA